AUGGCCAAGGGCUUUGCCAAAGGGACCCCCGGCUCCGUCCCGGUGCGAGCAGCACGUUUGAGACGGUUCACACCGCCCUACCAAAGCAGCUCCGCGCUGCCCGCCCUUGUGGCUGUGUCCGAGGGUCCGGAGCUGCAGCGCUGCCCAAGCUGCUCCGAACCCAGAGCUGCUCCGAACCCAGAGCUGCUCCGAACCCCAGAGCUGCCCCGAACCCAGAGCUGCCCCGAACCAGAGCUUGCUCGAACCCCAGAGCUGCCCCGAACCCGAGACUGCUCCGAACAGAGCUGCCCCGAACCCAGAGCUGCUCCCGAACCCCAGAAGCCUGCUCCGAACCCAGAGCUGCUCCGAACCCCAGAGCUGCCCCGAACCCAGAGCUGCCCCGAACCCAGAGCUGCCCCGAACCCAGAGCUGCCCCGAACCCAGGGCUGCUCCGAACCCAGGGCUGCUCCGAACCCAGGGCCUGCUCCAGAACCCCAGAGCUGCCCGAACCCGAGCUGCCCCGAACGACCAGAGCUGCUCCGAACCCCAGAGCGUGCCCCGACCCAGAGCUGCCCCGAACCCCAGAGCUGCCCGAACCCAGGAGCUGCUCCGAACCCAGAGCUUGCUCCGAACAAGAGCUGCCCCGAACCCAGAGCUGCUCCGAACCCAGAGCUGCUCCGAAACCCCAGACUGCUCCGAAGCCAGAAGCUGCUCCGAACCCGAGCUGCCCCGAAACCCAAGAGCUGCCCCGAACCCAGACCUGCCGAACCUGGGGCUGCUCGCGAACCCAGGGCUGCUCCGAACCCAGGGCUGCUCCGAACCCCAGAGCUGCUCCGAACCCCAGAGCUGCUCCGAACCCCAGAGCUGCUCCGAGCUCCGCACCCGGCGGCGGAGGCGUGUCCGUCGCCGGGGCGCUACAAAGGCCCGGCGGCUCCUUUAAGGGCAGCACCGAAUCCCCGCCUCCUUCUCCGCCAUUGGCCGCCCGCGCCCGCCCUCCCCCGUCCCCGCCUCCCAUUGGCGGAGCCGCCCGUCAGUCGCGCCGUCCCCGCCCCGCGGGCGCGGCCAUGGCGCUGUUGGUCGCGGUGCGGCGCGCUGCCGUUGGUCAGACGGGUCGUUGCGGCGCGGCGCGGGGCGGACAUGGCGCGGGGCCGGAUGGGGCCCGGCUGA